CGAUGGCAAAUAUAACACUUUGUUCUUUUAUUUUGCUUCUUUGUAGUUUAAUUGUCUUUGCAGAUGAAAAUCUCGUGAUACAACGUGUGUUAGAAGAGCUCUCGGAAUUAAGGUCUCGGGUUGAUGAACAGGAUCUCGAGCUGCAUCAGUUAAAACAGGUUGUAAAGUCCCAGAGUGCAGAGAUUCAGCUCCUUAAGGGCGAGCGCCUUGCUGAUGACGUCAGCGAUCAUCCUGAGUUUGGAAUCAAUUCUGCCAAUGAAAUUAUCUCUUCUACAAAAUCAAAAAAAUCACUGGGUGAUACGUUCCGAAGUGCAACUCCGACAAAAAGAAUUCUACAGAAGAAUCGUAGAAUCACUCCAUACUCUGCUGCGAUGCACCGCAUUGGUUUGACGGCGUACCGAGUAUCUACCGAUCCUGUCCAUCCAAAAGAAACCUUGAUUUUUAACCAGGUCCUUGCCAACAUUGGAAAUCGCUACAAUCACUACACUGGGGUAUUUAGUGCGGAUCAGGACGGUCUUUACGUUUUCUAUUUUGGUUUGGAGUGUAACGAUGCCACAAUAGAAGCAGAAAUAGUUAAUGACGAUGUUGCCUUUGGUUACACCUACUGUGACGGCAGGUCGGGAUUUUCAAACAGCGCAGAAAUGAUUUUAAAGGAAGUAUCCACAGGGAGUUCCGUCUUUGUUCGAAUAGUCUCAACAAGUAAUCAGAAUAACAACGUUGUCGGUGAUAAAACCAUAUUUUCGGGUUUUCUGCUUAACUGA